AUGUUUAAAGCUGCUUCCAGAAUUCUACUCGCCGGUACCUUCUUUGCAGGAGGAUAUGUAACAAUGGUGAGGCCAUGGCCCACUUCGUUCACAAUGUUUGACGUAGAAAGACAAAAGAAUCUUUUCAAGUAUGGGAAGAGAUUCAAUAACGAUGUUGUAAUCCAAAGUAUAAGGCAAAGCAAAGCAUUUCAGACGUACGCUCAGGAUGAAGGUUACAAGUUAAUCACACAUAGUGAAAUUUUACCCGAACAAAUGUUGAAAAAUCAUGUGAGCCAGGGGAUUAUGGCUGGAGAGAGACAUUUAGAGAUAGACCCAAUUGUGUUUUUAGAUGAAGAAGGUGGUAGAAUUCGUGUUUUCUACCAAUUGGGAAGCGACCUAGUUGGAAGCGACAAUAAGAUACACAACGGUCUGAUUGCUACUCUUUUAGAUGAACAGUUGUGUCUAUGUGGAUUCAAGAAAUUGCCUAGUGGUAAGGGUGUGACGGCCCAACUGACAAUCAAUUUUGAGAACAAAGUGGAUCCUGGAUCCACAGUGAUUCUAAAGGGCCAGCUUAUGGAAGCGAAGGGAAGAAAAUGCAUAAUCAAGGGAAAUAUUGAAACGCUAUCUUAUAACGACAGGCAAGAGGAGUCUACGAAAAUUGCUACUGCGCAAUGUGUCCUAGUGGAACCAAAGUGGUUUAAGUAUUUAUCUUGGCUUAAAGUAUUUGAUACAGUUUAA